UGACCCGGUAAAUCAGCUGUAUUGCUAUUAAAAAUAGAUGUGUUUUGUAUUUGUUUUUAUUUUGAAUUUUGAUCUCGAAUAUUGUUUUUGAUCAUUAAAGAAAAUAUCUUAAAAAUAGCAUAUGCUAAUGCGUCAGAAGAAGGCAUAUUCUAUGCGGACGUGCCCACAAAAAAUAGUAGUGCACGUAUGAUUGCCAAUCAGGCAGUUUCAAAAUAGAAUACUGAAAUAACUACUACUAAGUUGAGUGGGCUUAAUAAAUAAUUGAUUUUUACUUGCGUGUAUUUAUUUAUUCGUCGAAAUAAGUUAAUUUAUUUCACAAUACUGUGCUGUAUUAUUUAUUAGUGCCAAGUAGUGCAAUUAAUUGGCGCUGGCACAUAAGCCGAGUCUCUCAACACUUCAGCUGCAGUCGUUCGAGGACUCGCUGAUUGUUAAGAACGUAAAAAUCAAUGCCAACAUUUCUACGCACGCAAGAGUUCAACCAGCUCUUAGUCGCUUUCCGCAGCGCAACGCUGCCGUCGACAAAAACAACAACGAAAACUACUGCCGACAACCAACGCAUUGGCAAGUGUAACAGCCAGGCGAACAGCAGCAGCAUGAAGUCAAAUGCACGUAAUGGUAAAGCUAUAAAACGCGGCGAUCGCCUGCUUACCGAAAAACCAUUUGCGUUUGUGCUGCAAGCCAGAUAUCGUAAAGAACGUUGCGACAACUGCUUGCAAGCCUGCAAGGUAUUGAAAUGCGCUAACUGCCAAUACGUGUACUACUGUAGUCGGGACUGCCAAAUGCAAGGUUGGGUGCUGCACAAAAUCGAAUGUCCAUUCCUAAAGCGCAUUUACCCACGUAUUGUACCCGAUGCCGCACGCAUGCUGUGUAAAAUAAUCAUCAAAUUGGAUAAAGGUGGCGAUCUGGUGCGUGGUUAUUACACAGAAACCUGUUCACGACGCUUUCGCGAUAUGAUGUCGCAUUACGCCGAGAUAAAAAAUGAUGCACGUCGUCUAGAGCAUUUGGAAUCGUUAUAUGGCGUGCUGCAGGACAUGAUGGGUGACAGUGUAAUCGUGCCAAAUCUAACGGAAUUGACGAGCAUAUAUGGCAGGCUAAUCACAAAUGGCUUCAGCAUACUCGAUCCAGAAAUGAAUUCAAUUGCCACCGCAAUUUAUCUCGGAGUCUCGGUGACAGAUCACAGUUGCAAACCAAAUGCGGUGGCCACCUUUGAAGGCACUACGCUGCAUAUACAUGCCAUCGAAGAUAUCGAAUGUUUGGAUUGGUCCAAGAUCUUCAUCAGCUACAUAGAGUUAUUAAACACACCAGCACAGCGACGCGCUGAACUGCAAGCAAAUUACUAUUUCUUCUGCUUAUGCGCGAAAUGCACAGAUGCACGAGAGACGCAUGAAAUGCUUGCAGCCGCCUGUGCCAAUAAGAAUUGUAAAGAGUUUUUAGACAUUAAUCUCAAUAAUUGUCCGCGUUGUGACGCUGGUGUCAGUCCGAAACAACGCAAUUCCUACAAUGAGGCGAUGUCAAUCACCAAAACACAUUUGGAGAAUAUGAAGGAUAUUGCCUAUCUUGAUGUGUGCAAAUUAUGCCUGACCAAGCAAAAAGGCUAUCUGCAUCCACUAAAUGUUUGGCAUUUAAAGACAUUGGAUGCGGCCUUCGAAGCCGCUAUCGAUGUUUCGAAGUGGGCCGAAGCAUUGGAGUUUGGUACAGAGCUCGUGCCGGGUUUUAGAAAGUAUUAUGGCGAUUGGCAUCCACUAUUGGGUAUGCUACUGUUGAAAAUUGGCAAAAUCCAAUUGUAUAAAAGUCAGCUAACAGCGGCCACAAACAAUUUAAAGGAGGCACAAAAAAUAUUGCAAAUCACACAUGGCCGCGAACAUAGCCUGUUGCGUGCGCAAUUGCAACCAAUGCUAGCGCAGGCCAUAGCUGAAAGUGCAUAACCGUUACUAAUUUUUUCUAUGCAAUUAUAUAUAAUAUAUGUAUGUAUGUAGUUUACCUUAGUGUAGUUUAUUUCAAAUAUUUUCUAGCAAAUGUAAUGUAGAAAAAAGACUUAAUAUUUUUGUUUUUGUGUAUCGUGCGGCUAGUAAAAUUUAAAUGAUUUUAGUUAAGGCCUUAGCGCGUCGGUCCGUGUUCUGGAAGAGUGCACGUAUAAGAUGUUUGAUUUCCUCCGCUUUAUAAUUGGCGGUUAAUAUGCCAGCACCUUCACACCACUGUUCGGUGAUUUCUUGCAACGAUGCGUUGAGUAUCAUUUUCAAUUGUUUCAGUUUCAUCCACGACUUAAUGUGUAU